GGGUCCCAACAACCAAAAGCAAAUGGGUUCUGCGCUUGGUUCGGAGCUGGAUCAUGGGGUGAUCAGUGACGGUUAGCGUUCAGGUGAUGGGAAAGGACGAGGAAGGUUGGCGAGUGAUGGGUACACUUUGCCAUAUCAGCUAGUCGACCCCAUUUGGACUCGAGGACCGACCGGGGAGCGAAAGGGGAAAUCGCCCGCAGAAAGCGAUCCGGCGUCAGUUCGACAGGGCCCCAAGCGUAACCAACCCACGGCUCUCCCUCGUACUUAUAAGAGCCCCCCACACGAUGGAGGAGGAACCAACCCCGCUGUCGCAGAUCAUCCACGCCGACGCGAUGCUCUCCCCGCUCGAGACCGCCGCUGCCUGGGAUCUCUUCCCGCCGACGCAGGACCCCUUCCCCUGCAACUACGGCCAGCCGAGCCCGCAGCAUCCCCAGCUCUUCCAGUACCCUCCCUCCUCCCCCUCGUCCUUCUCCUCGUCGGCCACCGACUCUCCUGGGAGCUCGACGAGCUCGGGGAUUCGCAUGCUCCGCCUCAGCCCCGACACGCCCGACGCCGACCAACAGCUGUGCGUGCCGACAUCGCAGCUGUUCGACUUCCCGCAGCAAGCAUCCAUCCCGUCUUCGGCGCCCUCCCCCAUCUCGCCACUGGAGCAGGACCAUCAACAUCAAGUGACGCUGAAGCGGUCGGCUAGCCCGGAGUCGGCGUCCACCCAGAUCAUGACCAAGAAGCGGAACGGCGAGCGCGUAACAACGAAAGACUUUGUCCCCCCGGACGUCAGCGGCCUUUCCAAGCGCGAAGCGCGUCUCGUGAAGAACCGCGCGGCCGCGUUCCUAUCUCGCCAGAGAAAACGCGAGGAAUUCGAGGCGAUGGAGGUACGCGUCGCCGAGCUGGAGCGCGAGAACGCGCGCUUGUUGUCGCUUGCCCAAUCCGGAAGUGAUAAAUUGCUUCCGGCCGGCAUCGAGCGGAACGACGCCGCCCUGCGCGCCGAGGUCGACCACCUCCGCGCCCGCCUCGCAGAGGCAGAGGCGCGCGAGCGAGGCGCGGGCGCCGCUUUCUCCCCCUCAUCACGACACGCAUCACACGACGCCCCGGUGAAGAUGGAGCCCCUAGACGUCUCAUUCAACUCUCAAACGGGCCGCUCCUCGGCUAUGCCAUCUCCGCAUACGACCGGCGUUGGGCUCGGUCUCAUGCAAGUCCUCCUAUGCGCUCUCCCCGCACUCUUGAGAGCCUACGGCGGCGCGUCCUCGGGUGGUCCGCCUCCGCACAUCGACCUCAGUUCCAUCCUGACUCCCGAGCUCAAUUGGCACCGCCAAGGUGACGCCGUGGUCCUUGAUCUCGAUGUCGAUGAUCAUGGGCGGCCCCGAAGCCUUGCGGCCAACCCAGCCCUAGCCGCGGUCCGCAGGUUGGAGCUGUCUGGGUCGAUGGCGAGCGCCGUCGUCGGCCUCGGCGGGCGAGAGCUCGCCUUCGCAGCAGGGCCAUCCGAGGGUGGCAAGAUCAGGGUUCGCGUCUGCCCUCCCUCCUCAGCCCCCUCCGACGCCUACCCCUCGCCGCGAUCCUCUAUAAGCAUGGACGGCCCCAUGUCCGCCUCCUCGCUAUCUUCCCCCGUGUGGCCGACCUCCCUCGACGCGCUCUCUAUGCCCGCCGUAUUCAAUGCCGGGACGUCGGACCCGUUCUUCGGCAUGGGUCAGGGCGAUUACGGGAUGUCGUAUCCCAUGAUGUGCCCUACGGACCUUGGGCCAUCCGUAUACAGCCCAACCGAGUCGCCCUUCGCAAGCGCGCUGGGCUCUGAGCUGCACGCGAUGGCGGCCGCUGAGGACCCAGCGCGCCGCCAGAUGCAGAUCGCCCUCAAGGCCGCGGGAGAACCUGACUGGGGAGCUCAGUUCUGCUAAACCCGCAAAGUAUGACAACCGCCAUAUGCUUACCCAUGUCCACCCAAUCAUCUAGAAAUCGAUACCUUCUACCUUACGUUCGGGCAACGCCCUAUCGCCCGGUGCUUGGUCCGCGCCUUCAAAUUUACUUAUGGAUUACCUAUUGCCUGGGGGGAGUUGAUCUUCAUCCAAUGGAUAUUUAUGCCUGUCUUGGGUUUCGGUGUAUAUUUGUACUGUUGUAUCAUCACCUCGAGGAAUAGCCAAAGUGGUCUCCAAUGUAGCUCGUUAUCGGCUGUCCGAAUUACUGCAUAAUCGGCUGUAUCUGUGCUCGAACAUCCGAAAGACCUUGAUAGUAAGAAUCUGUCCGCCGCAGACUCGCAGAG